AUGACUUCUCAUUGUGUGAUUGUCAUGUUUGCCUUAAUGAGUUCCUGCUUAGCAACUGCAGGUCCAGAGCCUGGUGGUGCCCAGUGUGAGCUGUCGCCCGUCAACGCCUCCCAUCCGGUCCAGGCCUUGAUGGAGAGCUUCACUGCUUUGUCGGGAUGUGCCAGUAGGGGCACGGUGGGGCUGCCCCAGGAGGUGCACGUCCUGAACCUCCGUGCUGCCGACCAGGGGCCCGGCCAGCCACAGAGAGAGGUCACUCUGCACCUGAAUCCCAUCUCCUCAGUCCACAUUCACCACAAGCCUGUCGUGUUCCUGCUCAAUUCCCCACAGCCCCUGGUUUGGCAUCUGAAGACAGAGAGACUGGCAGUUGGGGUCUCCAGACUUUUCUUGGUGUCUGAAGGUUCUCUGGUCCAUUUUUCAUCAAGAAACUUCUCCUUGUCAGCAGAAACAGAAGAAAGGCGCUUCCCCCAUGGAAACGAACAUCUGUUAAAUUGGGCCAGAAAGGAAUAUGGAGCGGUCACUUCAUUCACUGAACUCAAGAUAGCAAGAAACAUUUAUAUUAAAGUGGGGGAAGAUCAAGUGUUCCCUCCCACGUGCAACAUAGGGAAGAAUUUUCUCUCCCUCAAUUAUCUUGCUGAGUACCUUCAGCCCAAAGCUGCAGAAGGGUGUGUGAUGUCCAGCCAGCCCCAGGAUAAGGAAGUACAUAUCAUUGAGUUAAUCACCCCCAACUCUAACCCCUACAGUACUUUCCAGGUGGAUAUCAUAAUUGACAUAAGACCUUCUCGGAAGGAUCCUGAGGUGGUAAAAAAUCUGAUCCUGAUCUUGAAAUGCAAAAAGUCUGUCAACUGGGUGAUCAAAUCUUUUGAUAUUAAGGGAAACCUGAAAGCUAUUGCUCCUAAUAGUAUUGGCUUUGGGAAAGAAAGUGAAAGAUCUAUGAUAAUGACCAAAUCAAAAAGAGAUGACAUUCCUUCAACCCAAGGGAGUCUGAUCAAGUGGGCUUUGGACAAUGGCUAUAGUCCAGUAACAUCAUACACGGUGGCUCCUAUGGCUAAUAGAUUCCAUCUUCGGCUUGAAAGCAGUGAGGAGAUGAGAGAUGAGGAGGUCCAUACCAUCCCUCCUGAGCUACGGAUCCUGCUGGGCCCUGGCACUCUGCCUGCCCUGGACAACCCACCCAUUCGGGGAGGAGGAGGCCGAAAUGGAGGUUUCCCUUUUCCCUUCCCCGACAUCUCCAGGAGAGGCCGGAAGGAAGGGGGUGAAGACGGGAUCCCUCUGCCAAAGGACCCUGUCAUCCCCAGCAUCCAGCUGUCCCCUGGUCCCAGAGAGCCAGAGGAGGUGCAGGGCAGCACAGAUGUUGCCCUGUCCGUCAAGUGUGACGAUGAGAAGAUGACUGUGGCUGUAGACAAAGACUCUUUUCAGGCCAGCGGCUACUCUGGGAUGGAGCUCAGCUUGUUGGAUCCCACCUGCAAGGCCAAGACAAAUGACACCCACUUCAUUUUGGAGUCUCCCCUGAAUGGCUGUGGGACUCGGCUCCGGCGAGCACCCCCUGAUGGCGUGGUUUACUACAACUCUAUUGUGAUUCAGGUUCCACCCUCUGGGGACAGUAGUGGCUGGCCAGAUGGUUAUGAAGAUUUGGAGUCUGGUGAUAAUGGAUUUCCGGGAGAUAUGGAUGAAGGGGACACUUCCUUCUUCAGCCGACCUGAAAUUGUGGUGUUUAAUUGUAGCCUGCGGCAGGUGGGGAAUCCCCGCAGCUUCCAGGACGAACCCAGCAGAAACGUCACCUUCAACAUGGAGCUGUACAACACUGACCUCUUUCUCGUGCCCUCCCAGGGAGUCUUCUCUGUGGCAGAGAAUGGACACGUUUAUGUUGAGGUGUCUGUUACCAAGGCCGACCAAGAACUGGGAUUUGCCAUCCAAACGUGCUUUAUCUCUCCAUAUUCAAACCCUGAUAGAAUGUCUGAUUAUACUAUCAUUGAGAACAUUUGUCCUAAAGAUGAAUCUGUGAAAUUCUACAGUCCCAAGAGGGUGCACUUCCCUAUCCCACAAGCCGAGAUAGAUAAGAAACGGUUCAGCUUUGUUUUUAAGCCCGUCUUCAAUACCUCCCUGCUCUUUCUCCAGUGUGAGCUCACCUUGUGUACCAAAAAGGAAAAGGACCCCCAGAAGCUACCUAAGUGUGUGCUUCCUGAUGAAGCCUGCACCUCGCUGGAUGCCUCAAUGAUCUGGGCCAUGAUGCAGAAUAAGAAGACGUUCACCAGGCCCCUCGCUGUUAUCCACCACGAAGUACCAUUGAAAGAAACAGGUCCAAGUAUCAAGGAACCGGUUCCAAUUUCUCCACAGAUUUUCCAUGGUCUGGACACCCUCACCGUGAUGGGCAUCGCAUUCGCAGCAUUUGUGAUUGGAGCGCUGCUGACGGGGGCCUUGUGGUACAUCUAUUCUCACACAGGAGAGACCGCAGGAAGGCAGCCAGUGCCCACAUCCCCGCCGGCGUCCGAGAACAGCAGUGCAGCCCACAGCAUCGGCAGCACGCAGAGCACGCCCUGCUCCAGCAGCACGGCCUAG